CGCAACACCGGAAGAAAAGCACAAGGAGUUCCUCUCCAAACUCGUGACGCGGUUGUUGUAUGCUUGCAACUACCAAAGGUCAGAGGUGGAGAGACAGCAUCAGGAAUUGGCGACGCUCCGAUGCAACUCGGGCACUCAAUGCCCGAUUGUUGGACCUGGAACAGGCUGUACCUCGACCAGCUGCUGGAGCUUCCAACAGUGCACCCUCAAGCCGCCAACUGGAGGACCGCGUUGACCACGUAGUGGCAAUGCUCGGCGACAUCAGCACCUUCGCUGCGCCGACCACCACCAUCAGCAGUCAGCUGCAUACAUUGAAGACCGAGGUCCAGAAGCUGCAGUCGACGAACGCGGACGGCAAUCCGAAGAUGUACAACAUGCCAACUUUCAACCUGGAGUGGUUCGACGACUACACGCAGCAGGAUCCCGUCCUCYGGUGGGAAGCUUUCACAACGCAACUCAGGAUUCUGCCAGUAGCCAAGCAUGCGUACAUCGGCGCCCUGUUCCUGAACUCAAAGGGCGGAUGCCAGACCUGGUUGAGCCACCUGGCAACCUCCCACGGCGUCGACGUACCAGACUUGAAGGACGUAAUCACAUGGGARGAACUAACACGGCUGUGGAAAAAGCGGUUCAUCGUCGACGACGCGCCGGCACUCGCCAUCAACCGUUUGUUCACCAUGUCACAGGGCAACACAGCAACACGGGACUGGCUCACGAGUGGCAGAAGAUUGCGGCUGACAAUUUCCAUGGGUCAAGUUUGGCUUGACCGAGGCGGAGUACAAAGUCCGCGGCCGCUACGGCAGCUGCUAUUGGUGCAACAAGACCAAGCACAAGACCUCCCUGUGCCAAGAUCAGGGCAAGGAGGAUGUGCGACCCCGCCUCAGCCUGGGAAACUGAGCUCCGCGGAAGGUGAGGCGACUCCACCUUCUACUCCGCCAGAUUCGGUCGCCUUGCUAGCGGCCUCCUGCACAUCUGGGGAGGAUGCGAAUGUCGCAAGUCCUCGGUAUACUUACGAGGAUUAUGCUGUCCACUUGGUUCCACGACUGGACCAACCGCUCCACGUGCAACAGUCCACCGCAUGCACGGUUUCAUCACCAUCGSCAACCGAUUCGGCAGCUUCGCCGCAACCUAUCGCCGGGGAUUCGACGUCAUGGUCAAGACUUGAUGAGCUCGAUCCGUUGACGUUCACRGACUUCCAGUGGAUGCCCGUUCCCUCGACCGGACGAUUGCCGAAACCGCAUUGCAACGUGCUUAUGGCACAAUUGCGCGACUACUUGCACACUGCAGUACCAGCUUCGUUGAUGGACGCCGGAGCAGAGGUUGUCGACCUUCACGCUUUCAUCGCGAAGAUCGACCGCGAGUUCAAGACGCAGACCUUCACGCUUUCAUCGCGAAGAUCGACCGCGAGUUCAAGACGCAACGGUACGACGACAUCGACGCACCAUUGCUAUACAUACGCAUUCAGAUCGGAGAGGCGACCUGCAGUGCCUUGAUCCAUUGCGGAACAUCUCGCAACU